AUGUUUCGAUUAUGUAUAGGGGUGUUAUCACUGUGUGCUGUGGUCUUAUCACACACAUAUCACUUGGGUGCAUGCCCUGUGGUGGAACCUAUGCCAGGUUUUGAUAUGAAUCAGAUGCUCGGAGUAUGGUAUGUGAUACAGAAAACCUCAACUGCUUCACACUGCAUCACUUACAACUUCACCAGAACAGAUGAACCUAGCACAUACCAACUGGAACAGGUCUCCCAGCAUUUUAUCCUUGGGCUGACCCCCCUCAAACAUGACUAUAGAUACACUGGCAUCCUGACUGUACCUGAUCCAUCAGUAUCAGCACGCAUGAGGGUCAGAUUCCCUCUGAGCGUUGCUGGGUCAGCUAGCUACACUGUGAUAUCAACGGACUACUCUAAAUAUGCUGCGAUCUUUACUUGCCAGAAAAUGUCUUUUGCGCAUCGACAAUCCGCGACAAUCCUCUCAAGAACUAAGGAGCUGGACAAGAUGUUUGUUGAUAAAAUGCGAACCAAACUGGCUACCUUCGGCGUAGAUCCUUACGAUCUAUCCCUGAUAUCACAGAGUGAAUGCCCGAAACAUCCCAACGGAACUACGGAAGGUGUCAACAUUAAUAUAGAUCCUAACACAUUUUCCACACAUAACAUCGGAGAAGCCGUAAGGAAAACCGGGGGAGUUCUAGCGGAUGGUGUCGAAUACGUAGUGGACGCUGGUAAGAAAGUAUAUCACAAAGUGGCCAGUAGUAAGGAAGACCUGACAGAAGCACCUAGCAACGGACGCAGCAUGGAUGCUGAUGCUGAAUGGCUGCCAAAUUUGACGAAGCUUUUGGAAGUUAGUAACAGAUCUGAUCCUAGGCAAGAUCGAUUGAAAUGUUUGGAUUGUACGAAGUCAACAUUGAUAAUGAUGGUUAUAAUGGGACAUUCAAUACAGCCGCUGGUAGCACUAUGCCAAAAUGUCUACGACUUGGAGGGGACAUACGAUAACAUCUUAUGGCAUAUAUACUACAAUGGAAGUAUCAUAGUUCAGGUUUUCUUCACAAUAUCCGGUUUUCUUUUAGCAUACAAUUUGGAAAUUGCGUCAGAAAGAGAACCACUUCAUUACCUCGAAAUACCAAAACGAAUCGCUUUAAGAUGGUUGAGAUUGACACCGCCUUACGCGCUUGUUUUAGGCAUUUCUGCAACUUGGUUGAGGUUCGCGCAAUCAGGACCUUUGUGGAAGACAUAUGUUAAUAAUUCCGUGAACGAGUGCAGAAGUAACUGGUGGGCUAAUUUGCUAUAUAUAAACAAUUAUUAUGACAACUAUUUUAGGAACGGAACAAAGUGCAUGCUACAGACGUGGUAUUUGGCUGCGGAUUUCCAACUGCACAUAAUUGGUUUGCUUGUAUGUGUACUAUGCAAGGGUCCAGUAAGAAAAGCAGUCUUGGGUCUUUUAUUUAUUGCUGGAAUAAUUGCUCCGGGGCUACACACCUACUUUCAGGACCUCAAUGGAACAUUACUUUUGUAUUUAGAGUUCAUAAGAUCGAUGUUCGUGAAAGAUAGGACAUUUAACAUUGUGUAUAUAGCAACUCACACAAACGCAGCUAGUUUUAUAAUGGGACUAAGUUUAGGACUUAUAAUUUAUCGGGUACAGAACACAAACUUUGAUAUUAAGAAAUAUUCUAAGAUAUACGUGUACCUUUUUAAGCUGUCACUUCCAGUCAGUUUUGCGGUCAUUCUUGUUGGUAUGGUGGGAUUUAGGAAUGGUCCUAAAAUCUCUAUCUUUACACGUGUAGUCCUUUCUGUGCUCGUCAAACCCUUUUUUUCAGCUAUAUUUGCGUUUCUUAUCUUUGGGAUUGUCUUCAAAUUUGACAAGUUUUACCGUCGAUUUGGUGAAGCCUACUUAUGGACUGUCCUGUGUAGGGUUUCAUAUUGCGCAUACAUAUGUCACAUGGGCAUUGUCCAAAUAUUUGCUGGUUCCAGUCAAAUGAUGAUUUAUAAUGUCUAUACUUUGUUUAUAGUAUUGUUGGGGAGUCUAAUGUGUUCGUACAUCCUGGCUGUCAUUUUGUGGCUGUUUGUGGAAUCGCCAUUUUUGGGUGUCAUAGAUACGAUUAGAUCCAAAUCCAAAGAAGAUAAAAUAGCUACAGAUAAAACUGAAGACCAAAUUGCAAGAGGGAAAAAAGAUAAUAAAAAACGAAGGGUACCAAAGACAUAA